UUAGACAUUACUCUAUUGCGGAGGACGAAAUCAUGGCGGCCUCCUUACGGCUGGGUCGUCAAGGAAUUAUAUUCGGUCUUAGAUUGUCAAAGCUUAAAAAAUGUUCAUGGUCUUCACAUUCGUGGCAAGACCAUGUCAGGCAUAUAUUUCAGUCCCCAUCAUUCUUCGGGGUCGCCCCAGUCAAAGUGCAGAUGCCGGCUCUAUCCCCGACCAUGGAGGAGGGCAACAUCGUCAAAUGGCUGAAGAAAGAAGGUGAGCCGGUGGCUGCCGGAGAUGCUCUCUGUGAGAUUGAGACCGACAAGGCUGUGGUUACCAUGGAGUCCAGCGAUGACGGUGUUUUGGCCAAGAUAUUGAUGGAGGAGGGUAGCCGCAGCGUGCCCCUGGGCACUCUCAUAGCCCUGAUGGUGGAAGAGGGGGAGGACUGGAAGCAGGUGGACAUCCCCCCCCCACAGGCAGCCGCCCCCGCGCCUCCCCCUGCCCCCGCUGCGGCCCCCGCCGCUCCGCCCCCCCCUCCUCCCAAACCAGCCGCCACAGGACCUCAGCAUAUUCCACAUCAUCACAACAUCCGCCCCAUGACUAUUGACAUCAUCAACACUCCUCUGGAGCAGAGGGGCAUGUGCAAAACACAUGAGGAGCAGGUCCUAUCUGUUUUGUUGCGUUUGAGUCCAGCAGCAAGGCACAUCCUGGACACACACGGCCUGGACCCCCUGCUAGCCACACGCACCGGGCCCAGGGGCCUCAUCACCAAGGAGUGA